AACGAACAUUCUAGGAGUUUCACGGUUUAGAACACUUCUGGCAUUCUCUGUCUAUCGUUACAUCGUGAAAUCUUUUGGCUUUUAGUGUGGUGGUAGGCAAGAAUUAAAAGGGUUUAUCCCUAAUCUACUCUUUUCUGCUUCUUCUCUCUAAACACCGAGUUCUUUCUCUCUUUCUCUUUCUCUUUCUCUUUCUCUUAUCCAUGGCAUCCACAUUUGUCACUUUGCCAACCCCCUUCCUACACAGAACCACUUCAUUCUCUUCCUCCAACAACACAUUCCCAGUUUUGAAAAGGCACUCUUUCAAAGUCAAUGCACUAGUUUCCAACAAAUGGGAACCAACUAAGGUUUUUGUUAUAUAUAUAUAUAUACUUCGAAGGUUUAGUCAUUUCCAUCUAAGUUUUGGUGAAAUUUAUUCUAUUUUCUUUUAUUUUCUUUUACAGGUUGUGCCUCAGGCUGAUAGAGUCCUUAUUCGUUUGGAGGCACUACCAGAUAAAACUACUGGUGGAGUUUUGUUGCCCAAGUCCGCUGUUAAAUUCGAGCGAUAUCUGAUGGGAGAAAUCCUCUCUGUUGGUGCUGAGGCAGGAGAAGAAGUAAAAGCUGGAUCAAAGGUUUUGUUUACUGACAUGAAUGCUUAUGAGGUUGAUUUGGGGACUGACGAAAAGCACUGCUUCUGUAAAGCAAGCGACCUGUUGGCCGUGGUUGAGUAGCUUACUACGAAGGAGCAACCUUCCGCCAUAAUAUUUAUGGGAAAUGUAUUGCCUAGAAUGGUUUAACUUUUCAAAUUCUUGUUAAAUUUUGUUAUUUAUAAUAAUUUGCAGUGAUUAUUUGACUAGGGAUAUUUUUUGAGAGUAAAAAUAAAAAUUUUUAAUAAUGAAUGCCUUUGGUGCUCGGUA